GCGCUAUUAACAAAUUUUCCACAACACAUGCAUGUUAACUUGCUGGAGACGUGAGGCUCAACAUCUUUACACAAAUUCCAUUUAGAAAGAUAGUCACAAGAUGUUUAAAAAAUUUAAUGAUAAAGAGAACAUCUCUGGAACAACGCAAGUCAAGUCCUCCGUCAUCCGCAGCAUCCGAGAAAAACUCCUUGAUACAUAUCCUGACAUCAAAGAUUACCUCGAUCAGAUUCUGCCCAAGAAAGAACCCAUUAAACUGAUCAAAUGUCAUGAUCACAUAGAAAUUCUAGCUCUGGGUGGAGAGCCAGUCUUCUUCAAACAGCGGGACUUUUUUAUGCCAACACUGAAACUUCUCCAUAAAUAUCCUUUCCUGCUACCCCAUCAGCAGGUGGAUCAAGGAGCCAUUCAGUUUGUCCUGAGUGGAGCUAACAUCAUGUGUCCUGGUCUGACGUCACCAGGGGCUCAUCUGGUCCAGGCUGACAAAGAAACCGUAGUUGCUGUAAUGGCUGAAGGGAAGCAGCAUGCAUUAGCAAUAGGAGUCAUGAAGAUGUCCACAGAAGCUAUUAAAUCAGUCAACAAAGGCAUUGGGAUAGAGAACGUCCACUACUUAUCAGACGGACUGUGGCACAUGAAGGCGCUCAAGAAAUGACGACCUCAUCUCACUUUAUCAUUAGCAAAGUUGAACUGUUCAAUUUGAAGAUUAUUAUUAACAGUGCGGAUAUACUAUUACCUUCACAGCCAUCUGAGCCAUGUAAGGUACGGAACUGAUUCAUAUCUGCCCCUUGCUUUGGGUUAGGAUAUGGACUUUGUCAUAGCUCAGAAUACCUGCAGCUUCCAUGCAAAUCAAAAGCAUCAGUCUGAAACUACCUUUACAAUUUUAUAAGGAUAGCCAACUUAAAAUUGUUCUCGUAACUACUACUUGUACGGUGUUUUAUCGACAAAUUUCAGGGAAAACUCAUUGAAAUAAGUUUCAUUUAAAAUGUUGUUGCCAUUUCCAGGAAAACUCUGGGAAAUGCACUUGAUUUGUACUUUCUUGUGGCUUUGCUUCUUUUUAAAUACAAUAAACGUUAUCAAAAUUUACUUUUACUGUAUUUGUAGGCAUUGUCAGCAGUUCAAUACAUAUGUUACUGCAUUUUAACUGCAGUACAAAAACUAGUCUUUAUCAAAGACUUGAUUUGAAUUUUUUCCCCUUUAAAACAGCCAGUUUGCAACAAGCUUGCAAGGAUCUAUCAACAAGCUGUUCAAAUCAAAAUCAAAAUCUUGGCAGCGCUACCUGGGAAUUUCCGAGCACACCUCAUACACGCUGUAUUCAAGCUAAUGAGGUAUGCUCGGAAUUUCCUGGGUAGCGCUGCCAAUAUUGCCAAUAUUGCCAAGACUGAAUUUUAAUUCAUCUGUUGAUAGAGACCUCUACCGCCGCGGCAACUUAACCGCAUUUGUCCCAGGACAGGCUGCAAUAUAGAGAAAUAAUAAUCCAAAUUCUGUCUUGUACCAAGACCAUACUAAAACAUGUGCAUUUGCCUUUCCUUUAAAUUAUGUGCAAGGAACAUUGUUACAAUCUCCUUUCCAAAUAAUAAAUGGUUGUAAUUUAUGCAUUUUAAUUUUUUUUUGGUAUUUUGGGGCUCCAAAAGAAUGUUACGCUUUUGGUAAAAGUCCUAAUAGAAACUUAAAAACCUGCUCAAACGAGAAUUUUUUUUUGGAGGGGGGGGGGAAUAUUAUAAACUACAAAAUAGUACAAAUAUUACUAUUAUUUUCCUUGGACUGUAAUAAAGAAAAUAAAACAGCUGAGAAAUAAAAAGAUUA